AGGUCGAAACUCUUCCGCAACUCAAGCAUCAGCUGUUUGACUGUGCUACCGACUGUUUGUUUCCCCUUUCAAUCGUGAGGAAUACCUUCCUCAUUUUAACAAUAGUUAUCUUUUCCUUUCACACGAAUGUCAAAUUAGCGGAGCAACUGCGAAGGCCAGCUCUUCUGAAGAGGUGGCCCGAUGGCAUCUUUUUGAUUGAUCUUUAAGAUUCUGUUCCGCCGUUUUAGAACCUAGUGGGUUAAUUCAGCAAUCAGAUUGUUAAGGGAAUUUGGUUGAACAUUAACCGAAUUGGAUGAACUAACUCGAAGGAUCAGGUGGCCUCGCUCAACGACGAAAUGCAGCAGGUCGAGCGAGACUGACAAGACAUCCAGAAAAACAGUUGAACUGAGUGGACGUUUCUAAACCGGAAUGUUAAUUAUUGUGCUCAGUUUUCUAGUGGACAAUGUCUUGAACACUGGAAUUAAAGCCAUGAACUUCUGACAGUUACCCUUAUUCUUUGGUAUUGUUCAGCCUGGAGCCACAGCGAUUGUCAUGAACUCAACAAAGAAGUAUGUGCAGAAUUUAGAGGAACCAGCAGUUCUGGGUACCUUGUCCCAUCUGAAGGGAGUGUCCUUGGAUGACAGUGUGAUUCAGAAGAUAGAAGCAGUGCGAUGCAAACUGGAGAAAGAGCUAGCACAGCAGGAGUGGCUCUUCGCUCAGGGUCUAGAGCACUACUUCCAUGCAGCUGAAACAGUAGCUGAUUGACUUAAGUGACAAUUCAGCUUUCUGAUUCCAUGCUUCCAAACAGGCUACAAUCAUUGGGCUGCAGCACCCUUCCUGACCUGGUCCAGUUUGACAGUGAGUCGCAGGUAGCUCUAAGUUCGGCAGGAAGAUCCUUCAGAUUACAAGGAGCCCCCCGUGGAGUGGGAACAUAAGCUAAAGCUUGAUCACAACUUGCUCCAGAGGCAUAGAUUUGAAAAGUGGCCUGUGGUGGAAGCAGUGGUUUUUGCCUCUAGCAUCACUCUUUGCACUCUAAAGAGAGACCUGAUGUUUAUCGUUGUUGGUGGAAUCGCAGUUUCCAUUGUAGCGUUCCUGUUUACUGCCAAGUUUCUCUACGAGCUAUUAGCACGGAUUAUCAGCUUUCUUCAAAAUGACAACAGAGGUAGGCGGGGAAACCGCACCAUUUAUGACUAUGUGCGUGGGAACUACCUGGAUCCCAGGUCAUGCUUAGUAACCUGGGAUUGGAAGGAUUUUCCGGAAGUCGGACACAUCAUGACCUUUAGGGUACAUUUGUUCUACAAGAAUGGGCGACCAUUUCCUGCACAACGUCCUGUGGGAUUACGGAUUCACAUUUCACAUGUGGAGCUUGGGUUGGAUGUUCCCAUCACGCAGGAAGUACUCCAUGCACAGAAGAGCAAUGUGGUGAAGGUGGGCUUCACAGUGAGAAAGGCAGGAAGGUACGAAAUCUCUGUCAAAGUUGGAGGAUCGAAUGUGGCUUACAGUCCAUACUAUAAAACUUUUCAACCUGGAUCUGUAUUUCCAGCCAAAACACAAAUCCUCUACCACUUCUCCACCCUGGUACUGACUAGUGGACAACAGCACACAUUGCAGAUUGCCCCACGCGAUGAAUAUGAUAACCCAACAAGUAAUGCAUUGUCUGUCAUUGGGCAGGAUGAUUACAAAGUCCAAAUCAAAGAGCUUGGUGGCCCUGAAAAUGAAAUGUCAGAUGUUUUGUUUCAUAAAACCAUUUCCUCGAAUAAGAUCAUGUGCCUAGUGCUUCUGAACUUGACAUUGUGGAAAAAAGGUUGUUUUCGAGCAUCUGUCACCUACUGGGACCAAUUGAUUGGUAAUGGGGUGUUUGACAUCAUUGUUCUCAGCGAAAAUGAGAAGAACACAGUAGAAAAGAACGUCUCAACUCCAGGAACUAGUGUUUAUUUUGAAGCAUACUUAUAUAGCACAGCAAAUUAUGCAAACUCUCAGUGGCAGUUGCCACCAAUAUCACCUUCGAGCGUGGGUCGGCACCCAUCAACCAAUACGGAUGAAGAAGAUGAGAAAGAUUUGGAUCAGGAAAACCAGACAACUGAGAAAGUGAAAAAACCCAAGAAGGUCUAUUGUUACAUUUCACCAAAGCAAUUCUCAGUGAAGGAGUUUUAUCUGAAAAUCAUCCCCUGGAGACUUUUUACUUGCAGAGUGUGUCCAGGAACAAAGUUUUACUACCACAGUCUGGAUCCAGUGCAUAAGUUCCUCACGUUAGUGGUGGAUGAUGGGAUACAACCUCCUGUGGAACUUAGUUGCAAAGAAAGGAACACCAUGGCAGCAACAUUCAUUCGUUUCUUACAUAAGAACAUUGGUGGUUCUGAAACUUUCCAAGACAAAGUGAAUUUCUUUCAGCGAGAACUUCGUCAAAUGCACAUGAAACGAUCACAUACAAAGAUUGUACUUAAAGUCAGCCGUCACAGUUUCCUUGAGUCGUCCCUGAAAGCCACAAGAAACUUCUCCGUCUCUGAUUGGAGCAAGAAUUUUGAGGUGAUUUUUCAGGAUGAAGAAGCAUUGGACUGGGGUGGCCCACGCAGGGAGUGGUUUGAGUUGAUGUGUAAAGCACUCUUUGAUCAUAGCAAUGGUCUGUUCAUGCAUUUCAGUGACAAUAACCAGGGAUUGGUACACCCGAACCCAGACCGAUCACCUCAUCUUCGACUAAAAUUGUAUGAGUUUGCAGGAAAAAUAGUUGGGAAGUGUUUGUAUGAAUCUGCUCAGGGUGGCGCUUACAAACAGCUAGUUUGUGCACGCUUUACUCGUUCGUUCUUGGCACAAAUUAUUGGACUCCGGAUGCACUAUAAGUAUUUUGCAACAGAUGAUCCAGAAUUCUACAAGAGUAAAGUAUGUUACAUCUUGAAAAAUGAUGUGAGUGAAAUGGACCUCGUUUUCGCUGAGGAAAAAUACGACAAGUCGGGACGUUUGGAGAAGGUUAUAGAGCUGAUAGCUGGAGGUGCACAGAUACCAGUAACCAAUGACAACAAGAUAUUCUACUUGAACAUGUUAGCACAGUACAGAUUGGCCAGUCAGGUGCGGCAAGAAGUGGAGUAUUUCCUUAAAGGCUUGAAUGAGUUGAUUCCAGAAAAUCAUCUCGCUAUAUUUGAUGAAAAUGAGUUGGAGCUGUUGAUGUGUGGGACUGGCAACAUCAAUGUACCUGAUUUCAAGACCCAUGCUGUCAUUGUUGGAGGGACCUGGCACUUCCGAGAGAAGGUAAUGAAGUGGUUCUGGACUGUAGUGUCCAGUUUUACACAGGAAGAGCUUGCUCGAUUGUUGCAGUUCACAACCGGGUCUUCCCAACUCCCUCCAGGAGGAUUUGUGGCAAUGUGCCCAUCUUUUCAGAUCAUAGCAGCACCUACACAGAAUACCUUGCCCACGGCCCAUACUUGUUUUAACCAGUUGUGCCUUCCCACUUAUGAUUCCUGCGAGGAACUGCACAAAAUGCUGAAACUGGCUAUUAAUGAAGGCAGUGAAGGAUUUGGGAUGCUGUAAUCGUGAGACUUUGAGGCGUGACAAAGUGAACCUAUCCUCCAAUAUGCUGGGAAAAAAUACAGGGUCCAGGGCCGGCCAGUUUAAGAUUGACAUGGUUUGCCCAUUUAUCUACCACGUCCAAGAGUUGCUGAAAGAUGGUGAGGUGAUCAGCAUGCUCCACUCAACACUUUUCAAACUCCGCCUGUAAUACCGAGCACUCAGUUCCAAAAUGAAGAGGGAUGUUUUUCAGGUUCUGUAAUCAGUAUCGUCCUUCUGCAUACUUGUCUGAUUUUACAAAUAACUCGACCUGGGGAGUUUGUUUUAAAGACUUGAUCAUCUGACAAUUUGUCAGGAAGCAGGAAAAACAUUGAAUGCUUUCAAGCAACUACUAAAACUGUGUCAAUUUAUUCAUGUAGCACACAACAUUCUUUGUCAAACGGUAUUUUGAGCACACACUGAAAAGGAUUUGAUACGUGGACUUGCAAGCUAUUGAGAGUUUUAUGAUUUUUGCAUUGACCUUGGUACUAGGCACUCAACUGUGAAAGAAACCAAAAGCAAUGCCAGGUUCUAAGACCUGUCUUCUAGAUUGUCCUGUUCACUGAACUAUAGUCGUGCUGUUGGCUGCCUCCUUGCUGAAUGGCAGUUAUAACACAUCUCUCAAAUCUUAAAAUAACUGCGUUUUUUUUCCAUAAGCUGCGUCUUGUUGCUGAACUGCUGAGACAGGUGCUAGCCAGUCACAGAUUUUCAGAAGGGAGCUGCCAUUCUGAUUUUCCAAUUUCACUCAUUUCCAGCUUGACUCUUAGUAAAGUUGAAGUACAGAUGCUGGGAAAGUGAAGUGAAAACAGAAUGCCGGAAAUAACUCAGCAUCUAUGGAGAGAGCAACAGAAUAAACAUUCCAGGGCAAUCCAUCAGAAUUCACACAACUUUCAGGAUUAUAUUCAAUAACUAAGGUAGUGAUGUAGAUGAAGAAAGAGUUAAUCACCAACGAAUGGGAUUCAAAUGUGAGAGCACAAACUAUCUCCAGUGCGUUAUAGUAAAUAGAGUACAAUCUAACAUUCACUGAAAAAUCCAAGAUCACUAGAGAUAGAAAAUAAGCAGUUCUUCUAAUUUGCAAUUAUGUGUUAAAUUUUUCUUAAGAAGUUGUUAUUAGAAGCCUUGUCGUGAGGACCUCCUUCAAAAGAAGUGAUUAUUUUACAUAGUUGAGAUUAAGCUAAUGCAUGUUAUAUCAGGUUGUGGUAUACUACAGAUGAUUUUAGUUGGAAGUUAGUAAUUAUUUUGUGGGUUAUCUAAUAUGAGCAAAAUGCUGUUUUAAAGGCAGGUUUUGCAAUGCAACUGGAAACCAGCUGGGCCAAAUGGAUUUAGCCUUUUUAUUACUACAGGGAUAUCACAAGCUAAAGUACAGAGGUUGGUGAUUGUCUCGGUCUCUGGUUUCAGAUCUCAGCUAGGAUGAUGCUUGUAUCGUCUACAAAAAACAAAAGUAGACUUCAAAAUCAGGGUCUUUUUCUUGGUUGUGGCCUGUUUUUAAUCACCCACUUAAAUACCAGGAAUAAGGAGGUACGUAGCUUAUGUGUACCAUUAAUUAUCCUUCUUCCAUUGUCUGUCCAAAAAAAAUCAUGUGCAUUCCUGCACACUCACCUCACACAUGUUAAGCUUUCACUCCAAAUCUUCUAAUACAGGUCAGGGAGCAAGAAAGGUCGUGAUCAUAAACAAUCGAAGCAUAUUUGUAGUUCACAGCAUUUAUUGUAACUUGACUUCUUAAUGCACAUAUGAAAGAAGAAAUAUGACCUUUCUUCUUUUUAUAUAUCAGCUAUAUUCCUCAACCAUGUCACAAUAAUUAAACGUAUUUUAUUUCUAGAGCUUGCAAGAAAGGUUCACUUAUUAUUUUGGUUUUGUUGCUGGCAUUUGAUGUUUUCUGACAGUGAGUAACCUGAGUUUGGAUGGUACUGUUUGAUGUCAUCAGUUUGGCAAGUUAAUGUGGUUGCUUAAAGGAACAACAAAAUUAUUGAAGUAGAAGCAAGCUAUAGCGCAUUUAUGUUCUACAUUAGAGCCUCUGUUAAUAUGUCAGGCAUUUACCUGGAUGAGUUGGUUAGCUCAAAUGAAUGUUUUACUGUUGGAUGUAAAAUCAUGCACUUUAUGAAGUUAAAAGGACUUUGGUUUCAAACUUCUUUCACUCCCUAUCAUUGCUUGCCUUUUAGUAAACCUUCAGGCAGUUUUGAAGAGUUCCUACAAACAUGUAACGUUGGCUUUGAAAACUGUUGGAAGAGUUUCUGAGCUGAAGUGAUUGCACUGCUCUGUCUAUGCAGCACUUUCAGCCUCUGAUCUGAAGGUACGAAUGAUUUAGAAGUUUACAAGGCUGACUUUUAUAAGAAGUCCAUUUUGUGUGAAUAAUUGUGGAGUUGUUAUAAAUGCAGAUCUGAUUUGUGUACUUGUGUUAUCUAGAGUUUUAACUUUUAACACAGUUCUUCAGGCAGCUAAAUGCGAGCUACUGUGUUGUACUUUGGAGAUGAGAUUUCAAAUGAAUUAGGGAGUUAUCAUGAUCUGCACCUGAGUGUUUGCAACAAAAUAAAACAAGACUACUGCAAAGACUAAUGUGCAUUCGAAGUGGAAGUUCGAAGUAGGAGCAAAGCUUCAAAAUGAUGCAAAAGUUUCAAGUUUGAAUUCGGUUUUGCAUGGAAGACUAACUUCAAAGAGAAGUGGAAGAAUGCCUGACCAUUUUUCCUUCAGUAUCAAGUUGGUUCCUGACUCUCAACUUGGACUGCGGGAAUAAUUGUAGCAAGAACAAAAACAAAAGUUGCUGGAAAAGCUCAGCAGGUCUGGCAGCAUUUGUGAAGAAAAAAAUCGAAUUAACAUUUUGGGUCCGGUUACCCUUCUUGUGAUAUGGCUAUAGAAAGGACUUUUAGCAAAUACUUGGUCAAACACCAGGAGUGACAGUGAAAUUAAUGUCGGUGGACAAGAAGAAAGAUUGGAACAGAAAUCCCGUCUGAGAGGAGCAGAACGUCUUCAAGGUGGGUGUGCCUAGAAUAGAUUUGGCAGUGAGUUAAAUACUAAAUAAAAACUCAAAGAAUUUGCAGAUGCUGUACAUCAGGAACAAAAACCAGAAGCUGCUGAAGAAGCUCAGCAGGUCUGCCUGCAUCUAGCCCUUCCUGAAGAGUCACUGGACCCGAUUUUUUUUUUUUAUUGCUUCUUCGCAGAUGCUGCCAGACCUGCUGAGCUUUUCCAGCAACUUCUGUUUUUGUGCCUCAUUUAGAGCAUCCGCAGCUCUUUGUGUUCUUAAUUGUCACAAGAAUAUGAUUGAGACAAAACCCAUAAGCAACUUCGCAAAAAUGAGUUGUCUUCGUGGAUGUAAAGUGCAGAAAUAUUUUCAAAGUAGCAUAUUGUUAGAUGAAACUGAUGAAGAAGCUGUACAUAGUUCAGGGGUUUCUUUUAGUACCAUUGUAGAUAUUGGUUUAUGAGAGAGAGUGCAUUUAAGACAACCACUAUGGGUCCUCGCCCAAAAUGUCUGCCUUCCUGCUCCUCUGAUGCUGCUUGGCCUGCUGUGCUCAUCCAGCUCUACAUCUUGUUAUCUCAGAUUCUCCAGCAUUUGCAGUUCUGGCUAUCACUAAAUGGCAAAGCUCCCUACAGUGUGAUCUCUCCUAGUUCAUUCAUGCAAAUAGAUUUUGUGCACUGUGUGUUUGUUCUGAAAGUAUUGUUUUUAAUGCAGAUUUUGUUUUACCAGAAAAACCACGUUAAACAGGAUUAAGUUACAAAGUUUUUUUAUUAACAGAAGGUGGAGCUAACCUAAAAGCAAGUCCUCAUUGUGAAAUUAAGCAAUUUUUGAAGCAAGUUUUAUUUAAUUUGCAGAUUCUUACAAUGCAAAAAAGACCCUUCGGCCCAUCGAAUAUGCACAGACAUGACUACCACUAAAAAUAUGCUAAGCCCAAUUUUCUGCACCUGUCCCAUAUCCUUGAAUGUUAUGAUAGCUCAAUUGCUCGUCCAAAUAUUUUUUAAAGGUUGUAAGAUUUCUAGCCUCUACUACCUUACCAGGCAAUGCAUUCCAGAUUCCCACCACCCCUGAGUGAAAAUGUUUUUUCCCAAAUCAUCUCUGAAUUUCCUGCCCCUUGCCCUAAAAUUCUGCCCUCUCAUGAUUGACUCCUUCAACCAAGACGUACAGCUGCUCUCUAUCCACCCGGCCCAUACCCUUCAUAAUCCUAUCCACCUCCAUGUCCCCAUUGUCUUCUCUGCUCUAAAGAAAACAGUUGAAGUCUGUAUAGUCUCUGCUAGCUCAAUUUCUCCAUCCCAGGGGCAACCUGGUCUACUCCUCUGUACUACCUCUAGUGCUAUCACAUGUUUCCUGCAGUGAGGUGACAAGAGCUGCAGAUAGUUCUCCAGCUGUGGUCUAACUGUUACCCUACAACUCCAAUAUUACCUGGUUAAAAACUGUGAAUGCUCUUAAAUCAGAAAUUGCUGGUAAAGUUCAAUGGGUUGAGCAGCAUCAGUGGAGAGAAUUGGAAUUUACUGUUUUGAACCAAAUGAUCCUUUCUCAGAACUGAGGAAGAUUGAGGAAGAGUCACUCGAUAUGAAAUGGUAACUCUGAUCUCUCUCCAUAGAUGCUGUUGGACUUGCUGAGCUCUUCCAGCAAUUUAUUGUUUCCAACAUUACCUCCUUGCUAGUAUACACAAUAUCAUGACUGGUGAAAACGUGUCCCUAUUCUCCCUGUCCCCCCCCCCCCCCCCCCUGUUGUGUAGCACUGGACUCUGGUCUACUGUCAGUCAAAUAGCCUUCUACAGCUACCUUUUCUGUCUUUAUUACUAACCCAGUUCAUGGUCCAUCUUGCCAAGCUUCCCUUAGUUCCAUGUGCUUUAACCUUCUCUACGUCCCCUGUGGGAUUUCAUCAAAAGCUUUGCUAAAAUCCGUUUAAUCUACAUCAACUGAAUUUCCCUCAUCCAAAUAUUCGUUCACAUUUUCAAAACAAUUCUAACAAAUUUGUUAGGCAUGACCUCCCUCUGACAAAGCCAUGCUGAGUAUCCUUCGUUAAUCCAUGCCUCUCUAAGUGGGUAUUCAUUUUGUCCAAGAGAAUUUCUUGCUCUUGUUUCCCUACCACUAAGCUGAGACACACCAGUCUGUCUCCAUCUUCUUCACUAGCCAUUUUAAUUUAAUUUCUCCUCACAUGCCCUUGAUGACAUGUCCAGAUAGGCUGCCUCCAAUGCCACAAUGAUGGCACAUGCAAAAUGGAGGAGCAACACCUCACCGGGCCUACAGGCCGAUGGCCUGAACAUAGAAUUCACCGCUUUUAAAAUCUCCCCACUUCUGGCCUCAACCCAAGUCCAAACUCCCUCUCAUCCCACCUGCCCCUGACCUAACACAACCUGUUCUCCAUCUUCCCCACUUAUCCACUCUACCCUUCCCACCAACCAAUCACUGCAACCCCCUACUCACAUCCACUUAUCACCACUCCACCUACCUUACCCCAGCCCCACACGUCGUCAUCCUUGUCUCCUUAAGACCAUAAGACACAGUGGAAGUAAGGCCAUUCAGCCCGUCGAGUCCACUCCGCCAUUUAAUCAUGGCUGAUGGGCAUUUCCUCUGCACUUCCCUGCACUCUCCCCGUAGCCCUUGAUUCCUUGAGAGAUCAAGAAUUUUUUGAUCUCUGCCUUGAAGAUGUUUAACGUCCCGGCCUCCACUGCGCUCCGUGGCAAUGACUUCCACAGGUCCACCACACUUUGGCUGAAGAACUGUCUCCUCAUUUCCGUUUUAAAUUUACCCCCUCUAAUUCUAAGGCUGUGCCCACGGGUCCUAGUCUCCCUGCCUAACGUAAACAAUUUCCCAGCAUCUAUCCUUGACCGAACUACACAACCUGUCCAUUUUCUCUCUCACCUGUAAACAUAGAACAGUACAGCACAGUACAGGCCUUUUGGCCCACGAUGUUGUGCUGGAUAUUUACCCUAUACCUAAGGUCUAUCUAACCACCACCACUACCUUAUACUAUCAUCCAUAUGCCUGUGUAAUAGUCACUUAAAUGACCCAAAUGAGGCUGACUCCACUACCCUCUCCGGCAAUGCAUUCCAUGCUCCUACCACUCUGAGUAAAGAACCUACCUCUGAUGUCUCCCUGAUAUCUACCUCCUUUCACUUUAAAACUAUGUCCCCUUGUAAAAGCUACCUCCACCCUAGGAAAAUGUCUGACUGUCCACUCUAUCCAUACCUCUGAUCAUUUUGUCCACCUCUAUAAAGUCACCUCUCAUCCUUCGUCCUAAAGAGAAAAGCCCUAGCUCUCUACAACCUUUUCUCGUAAGACCUUCCCUUCACUCCAGGCAGCAUCCUGGUAAAUCUCCUCUGCACCUUUUCUAACGCUUCCACAUCUUUACUGUAAUGAGGUGACCAGAACUAGACACAAUACUCCAGAUGUGGCCGAACCAGGCUUCUGUAUAGCUACAGCAUAAGUUCACGGCCCUUGAACUCAAUCCCUCUAUGAAUGAAAGCUAACACACAUAUGCCUUCUUAACAACUCUAUCCACCUAGGUGGCAGCUCUCCAGGAACUGUGGACAUAAACUCCAAGAUCCCUCCACUUCUCCACACUGCCAAGAAUCUUUCCGUUAACCCUGUGUUCUGCUUUCAAGUUUGUCCUUCCAAAAUGAAUCACCUCACACUUUGCAGGGUUAAACUCCGUCUGCAACUUCUCAGCCCUGCUCUGCAUCCUAUCAAUGUCCCUUUGUAACCUAGAACAUCCCUCCGCACUGUCCACAAUGUGACCCACCUUUGUAUUGUCUGCGAAUUUGCUAUUCCACCCUUCCACUCCUUCAUACAAAUCAUUUACAAAAAUCAUGAAUAGAUGAGGACCCAAAACAGAUCCUUGUGAUACACCACUUGUAACUGAGCACCAAGUUGAAUAUUUUCCGUCCACUACCACCCUUUGUCUUCUAAGCGACUGAAUCCACUCUGCCACAUUUUCCCCUAUUCCAUGCCUCCUUACUUUCUGCAUGACCCUGCCAUGGGGAACCUUAUCAAACGCCUUACUUAAAUCCAUGUAUACCACAUCUACUGUUCCACCUUCGUCAACGUGUUUGGCCACCUCUUCAAAGAAUUCAAUAAGGCUUGUGAGGCAUGAUCUGCUCCUCACAAAUCCAUGCUGACUAUCAUGAAUCAAACUGUGCCUUUCCAAGUGAUCAUAAAUCCUGUCUCUGAGACCUUUCCAAUAAUUUGCCCACCAUUCACGUAAGACUAACUGGCCUGUAAUUUCCGGGGUUAUCCCUGUUCCCUUUUUUUGAACACGGGAAUGAUGUUUGUCCGGUCUUCCGGUGCUAUACCCAUGGACAAUGAGGAUGAAAAUAUCAUUGCUAAAGGCCCUGCAGUCUUGUCCCUCCCUUCCCACAGAAUCCUUGGAUAAAUCCCAUAAGUCCAGGGGGACUUAUCUAUCUUCAAUUUCCUCAGAAUUCUUAACACAUCAUCAUCUUUACUAACAUCAACCUCCUCUAGCCCACCUGCCUGUUUCACAACAUCCUCCUCUACAACUAGAUCCCCCUCGGUUGCAAAUACUGAAGUAAAAAAUACUAUCUGCCCUACCUGAAUCCACCUGUCACCAUCUCGCCUACCUUACCCCAGCCCCAUUUCUUCUCCCCUUAUUGAUUUCCAAGCUCCCUUCUCACACCGCUCCCCCCCCCCCAGUUCUGAAGAAGGGUCCUGAUCAGAAACGUCAGUUUUCCUACUCCUCUGAUGCUGCCUGACCUGCUGUGUUCCUCCAGCUUCACGUUGUGUUGUUUCUGACACCAGCAUCUGCAGUUUUUAGUCUCUACAGAGAUUGUAUGCUAAUUUGUAUACUGCUAAGUUGCUUUGUGUUUUCUUUACAUUUUCUAAGUGCGUUUCUUAGCAUUUGUGGGUAUUUACACAAGUUUUACAUUGUUGUAGGAGGAUUUGAGUGUGUUUCAACCAAUCAUUUAUGUCAGUUGUUUUAAAUAUCUAGAAAUAGCUGGGGAGGUGAGAGUGCGUGCUAAGCAGGAUGCCAUGGGUGGAGAAAGGAUUUGUCGAAGACUUUGGAAAGGCUUCCCUCUGGUGUUCUUCCUCAAUGUUAUGAUUGCGUAGACUGAGAAGGAUAAUAGGCACAGGUGUGGGAGGGCUUCAGCCAUUAAAAUAAGCAAUAUUACACUGAAAGGAUAAUCAAUUGCUUUUCAAGGUUGCCACAACAUCAAAUUGAUGUGAUCUGAUUUUUUUUAUUGCUGAAAACAUGGGUAGCAAAAAUCAAAUUAACGAGACUUACUUAACUCUUAGUAUUUUAUCAGUGCUGUGUUUUUUUAGAAAAAUGUUUCAUAGCAGAUGUUUUCCAGUUACUGAGCAGAGACAUUUACAACUGUGAACAGAUAGUUAGCAGACAUUUCCUACCAAUUGGAAACAUUACUGCCAGCUGAAAUGCAGACAAGUUAGAAAUGUGCAGGACGGACAAUUAAAUUGGCAAACUUAAUUAAAAUGGUCAGUUUUUGAAAGAAAGUCUGUUAGUUCCUAAUUUAUUUUAGCUUUUAAGUCAUUCUGAAAGAAAAGGAAAAGCCUUUGAAAUGCAUUGAUACACUAAUGGGGGGUGUGGCAUGUUUUUUUAAAAAAAAGGUUGCAUGGCAUUUCUUUACUGUGAAUCAUUAGUAUCAGGAUUCCAACUUGAAUGGAAACUACAUACCCCUGUGUGCUAUCCAUUGCUAUUUGACAGAAGAAACUGCAGUUGUUAAAUAAAAACUAAGUUUGAGAGAUGCACAGCAAGUCUGCCAGUAGAUGCAAAAGGAAAAGGUUUUAAUUCUGAUUAUUUUAUCAGAAUUGCAGAUUGAAAGAUAAUUCCAUUUCAAUUCAAGUUUUGAUGUAGGAUCUAUAUCUGAAAUUCGUUCUUUUUUUCUCUUUACAGAUGCUAACAGACCAGCUGUGUGCUUCCAGUAAUUUCUGCUUUUACUUAACAUUUCAUGGGUUUCUUCUGUUGACGAAAUGUUUCAUGAACUGUAGGAGUCUUCUGUCUUAAUCUGUCACUUUGCAGACAUGCACAGACGGCGGGCAGCUGGCAUGUAUUUGCUAGCUAGCACCUCUUUGUACCAUUUGUCUUUUUCAAAGCAGAUUGAGGUGCAUAUGUUUUAAUUUUCAGCAUAUCAGCACUGAGCUCUACUGUAUACAGAAUUUGUUUUAUUGUAUUGUUUUUGUUGCAGCAUUGAAAACCUAGCAGGUUGCUAGAGUUGUGGGACUUUCUUGUCCUGGAUCUCUAGUUCAUUAACAAAUGAAGGCAUUGUUGUUCACAGAAAAAAAGAAUGAUCUGAUUCUUGCUGUUUUGAGUUGGUUUUGGCGACUCCAGAGCAUCAUUACAAUCAGUCUUCAUAACGUAGUCUUGUGGGUUUCAUUUGUGAUAGGUAAGGGUGUAGGGAUGUACAGCUGAUGCAAUGACUAUUUUGGCAGCAAGACUAGUAGCAGAGAUCCAGUUAGUAGUAUUAGUAAUAAGAAGUUGAUCUUGGAGAAUGUGCAAAGGAAAAAAGUAAAUAAGCUUGAGCCAGCACUUUGCUUACAGAAUACACUGGAUCACGUGUUGAUCAUUUAACCAGUAUUGCUAGACUGGGAUGGUUUUAAUUUAUGUACCAAGUGAAUAAUCCAGCACAAUAGUGUUUGGCUGUGAACUGAAUGUUAUCUAUUUGUGAAAGACUUGUUAAGAUUUUUAUAUUUUGAAUGCUGUUUGCAGUGCUUGAUGGUACGGAUGCUCUUGAUUUAUUAUUUUCAGAUAUUUAUACUGUUUAUUAAAAGUGGCUAAAUUAAUGCGGUGUAAUCAUAUUUUUCAUUUUUUGGAAUCUUU